CCUGCCCUGGCUCGAGCCUCGGAAUCGUCUCAGAGGAGGGUGGAUGAGGCGCAGCGCUGGGCCAGCGCUGGGCAGGCUGAUGAAGCGCGGCGCCGAGGCGCUGGAGAGCGCCGGGCGGCGCGCCGCCGCGGCGAGGUCUCGGCCGCCGCAGGCGAGCUGCAAGAUCGAGACGCUGGCGAUCCACGGGGGGGAGCAGCACGACCCUGGCCACGGCGCGGUCUUCCCGCCCAUCACGACGGCGACGAGCUUCGUGCGGCCGAGCCUGGAGGAGGGGGGGUCCUUCGGCUACUCGAGGUGCGCGAACCCGACCAGGCACGCCUACGAGACCGCCCUGGCGGCCCUCGAGGGGGGCUCCUCCUGCGUGGCGACCGCGUCGGGCAUGGCCGCGACGUCCCUCGCCCUGGAGCUGAUGGAGCACGGCUCCCACGUGAUUGUUAUGAACGGCGUGUACGGCGGCACGUUCCGGCUAUUUGAGAAGGUCCGCCGCUCCACCAUGGGCCUCGAGUUCACAUACUUGGAUCUGAACGACACAGAGAGCGUCCGCAAGGCCAUCCGACCCAACACUCGAAUGAUUUGGGCAGAGUCGCCCACCAAUCCGCUGCUGGGGCUGGUAGACAUUCGAAAGCUGGCGCACGACGUGCAAACCAGAGGUCCUGACAGUGCCCAAGUUGAGAAGAUCUUGCUCUGCGUGGAUAACACCUUCGCCACGGCCUGGAACCAGCAACCGCUGAAGCUCGGUGCCGACGUCGUAAUGAUAUCCAGCAGUAAGUUCAUCGGUGGUCACUCUGACAUGACCGGUGGUGCGCUUGUGACCAAUGAUGAGGCUCUUGGCAGCAAGCUUAAAUUUCUGAACGGAGCCAUAGGAGGCAUCGCAAAUCCGUUCGACGCGUAUCUGGCCUUGCGAGGCAUGAAGACCCUGGCCGUGCGCAUGGAGAGGCAGUGCUCCAACGCAGCGAAGGUCGCCGCGUUCCUGGAGGGCCAUCCCCAGGUCACGGAGGUCCAUUAUCCUGGCCUCCCAUCGAGCCCACACUUUGAUCUGUGCAAGCGGCAGAUGAGGACCGGCGGCUCGGUGGUCACCAUCCGGCUACGGAGCAGCCAAGGCGAGGCGGACGGCGCUGGUGCACUCCGGCGCUUCUUUGACCGCCUGCGGAUCUGGCAGCUCGUGGAGUCGCUCGGGGGGGUCGAGAGCAUGAUCAACCACAGCGCGUCGAUGUCGCACGCCUCGAUGACGCCAGAAGCGCGCGCGGCGGUUGGCAUCUUCGACACGACUCUGCGCCUGAGCGUGGGCAUCGAGGACGUCGAUGACCUCAUCCAGGACCUCGGCGAGGCGCUGGCCGCGUGAGCCGCCGUCUCCGCAGGGGGCUCGCGGGGUGCUGCCGCGGCCGCGUUUGGGGGCGCGGCGGCUCCGGCCCCCCUCCCUGCAGAGCCGGCAGCCCUGCCGCUCCGGGGGGCCGCCGCCGCUGGCCCGGGCGCACGCCGGGAGUUCCAAGGUGGGCCACGCCGCGGGGUGGCGGGCCUGUCGACCCGUCUGGCUUGGCCGCCAGGUGUUGUCCGCCACCCUGCCGGUGCACGCGGCGGGAGCGGGGAGGCGGGCCGGUCGGCCGUCCGGCUGGGCCGUCGGGCGCUGUCCGCCGCCACAUGCGGCACGGUCUCACCCAGGCUCCCGGCAUGGCAGAGGGGGCGGUGAGCUGCCGCGCAGCUCGGGCACCGCGCCGCGCCCGUGGCUUCUGCGGCGUCCUGGCGUCCCGGAGAAAAUCGGGGCGGCCGGCUUGCAUCUCGGACUCGGGCAAGAAUCGAUUUGGUGAUCUUCAGGACGUAUGCUACCCGAGUGUGUGUGUGUGUGUGUGUGUG